UAUGGUCCCAUGAAUGUUAAGCAGUUCAACUGUUACAAUAUAACUGCGUUUUGGACAGUUUCUUAUAAAAGCAAAAGUGCACGCAGAAACUGUAUCACAACUCAUCCAAUCUUCACUGAAGAAACACAAAAACCUAAACAUCGUCAAAAUGUUCAAAUUCGCCGCUGUUUGCUUGAUGCUCAUUGCCUCCGCUGCUGCUAAACCCGGACUUGCCGCAGCUCCUUUGGCAUACACCGCUCCACUUGCUGCUCCUCUAGCUGCUGCCCCCAUCGCCGCUGCUUACUCUGCUCCAUUUGUGGCUCCAUACGCCAGCAGCUACAACGCUCAUUCCAUUGCUCACUCCGCCGCUUUCCCAGCUGCUGUUGCUGCUUACACCGCCCCAGUAGCUGCUGCAUACACUGCUCCAGUAGCUGCCCGACUUGCUGCUCCAAUUGCUGCUCCAUUUGCUGCUGCUCCACUUGCUGCUGCUUACGCCGCUCCAUUUGCUGCUGCCUACACAGCCCCAAUUGCUGCUCCAGCCCCCGUUUUGCUCAAGUAAAUUGGUACAAACUUUAGGCAAUUUGAAUUCAUUAUGACUAAGGACUUUUUGUAAAUAAAUUUCUCCACUCCAUCAGAAAAAGA